AUGAUACAUAAUAAUUCGAAUGAAUCAAUGUUAAAAAAAAAUGCUGAAUUUAUUGUUCAACAAGGUAAAGGUAUAUUAGCUGCUGAUGAAAGUCCAUCGUCUAUAGUUAAACGUUUUCAAUCAAUUGGUGUAGAAAAUACAGCUGAACAACGUCGUAUCUAUCGACAAAUCCUUUUUACUACACCUAAUAUUCAACAAUAUAUUAGCGGAAUUAUUAUGCAUGAAGAAACAUUUAAUCAAAGUAAUGAUAGUUCAAUAUCAUUUCCUAUGAUGCUUACUCAAAGUGGUAUUCUACCUGGUAUUAAACUUGAUCGAGGUUUAGAAUCAUUAACAAUAAAUACAAAUGAAACAAUAACGUUAGGUUUUGAUGAUUUAGAAAAACGUUGUGAAGAUUUUUUCACUCGUGGUGCUCGAUUUGCUAAAUGGCGUUGUGUAUUACGUAUUAAUCAAACAAAAAAUCAACCAACUCAAGUAGCUAUUUUAAAUAAUGCUAUUAUUCUAGCUCGAUAUGCAUCCAUUUGUCAAGCAAAAGGUUUAGUCCCUAUUAUUGAACCUGAAGUAAUACCUGAUGGAGAUCAUGAUAUAUAUACGUGUCAAUAUGUAACAGAAAAAGUUCUUGCAGCUGCAUUUACAGCUUUAUCGGAUUAUAAUGUUUAUCUCGAAGGAUGUUUACUUAAACCAAAUAUGAUUACGCCAGGACAUGAAGCAAAGAAAAAAGUUAAAUCAUCAGAUAUUGCACUUGCUACAAUUACAACAUUAUCUCGAACAUGUCCAGCAGCUUUAGCUGGAAUUGUUUUUCUUAGUGGUGGUCAAUCUGAAGAAGAUGCAACGAUGAAUUUAAAUGAAAUGAAUAAAUUAAUCUAUCAACAAAAAUGUCCUUGGGUAUUAACAUUUAGCUUUGGACGAGCAUUACAAGCAUCAGCAUUGAAGGCAUGGGGUGGAAAACGAGAGAAUGAAUCAAAUGCACAACAUAGUUUUCUUAAACGAGCUAUAGCAAAUUCUUCGGCUUCGAGAGGAGAAUAUGAUGGAAAGAAUAUAAGCAAUGAAGCUAAAAAAAAUCUUCAUAUAGUCGAACACAAUUAUUAA